AUGAGUGGCCAAAUUGACGAGUCAUCCGGGGUGUCUCCUGUCGAGCCAUCCUCCGAGCAGUCUUUCGUCGAGGGCUCGCAGGCUCCAGCGUCUCCAAGAAGCGCGGACUCUGGUCUAUUUCCUAUAUUCGAUUUCCCCCAAUCCACCCAGGGCGAUAUGCCUAUGUCCUUUGAAUUCCCGCCUUCGGAUCUCCCGCCUGACCCUGAUCCCGCCCUUGUGGAAGACAGAGCCGUAUUCCUGCAACAGUCACUCGAAGAUGGCACCCCAAAUCCGUUUUACAUUGAGGAUGACGGCAGUCCAGAGCGUCCAGGCGAGAACCUCGAACAAUAUGCCAGAGUCGACUUGAUGAGGUUCCAAAAAAACUUGCCAAGUACCGAUAUCCUCGAGGACCCAAGCCUGGCAGCGGAGCAGGCGGUGAAGUCGGACUGGGAGUCCUACGUGAAUGGGGUUCUCUUCUCCUUAGAUCUCCAACCAACCGUCAUGGUGAGGCUUCUCGGGGUUUUCCAACAGGUGCCGAGGACACUGGGGAUGAUUCGACCUCGCGAUGUUGGCGCGUGGCACCAACUCGAUUUCACGGCGGCGAAGAAGCGCGCCUUCGAGCUUCUCAACGACGACCAGAGGAAGCUUCUGAAGAAGAAGGCAGAGAUUGAAAUGCGCAUCGAGUUCGAGAAGGAAUUUCUCCGGAGAACCAGAGAUAUUUUGACGGCAGAGUUGGACUGGAAGGAACUUAUUUUGAGGCAGGCCCAGGUAAAAGCGGAGUUAGAACUCGUCGAUGAACACGGGAGGAGUUUGUCGGAGCGGAGGGAAAAGCUCUUGCGAAAGAUUAAAGAAGAUAAAGAAGCCGAGGACUCUUCAGAGCCCAACCCCGAGAAACCGUCGCAAGCGAGCCUCAAGAAUGAGCUGAUCAAGCUCGAGAGAGAGCUUAGAAUCGGUCGCCGAAGACAUCGCAGGUUGGAAGAGCUUAGCCAAUCCCUCAACGCGAUUCUCUUUUCAGGUCUCACACUCGAAACCGCUGAUGAAGAUCUCAAGCGCCUUUGGCAGCAGCUGGAACGGAUAGCCUUGGAUAUCUUAGACCUUGAGGAGAUUAUCGAAACAACCAAAGCGGCAGUCGGGGAUGAGAAUACGCCGGACCUCUCUGCAUGCGAGUCGCGCGUCCUCGAGCUAAAAGCGACAUACGAAGGCACCAUAGCGGCCCUUCAAGCUUCCGCUCUGAAAGCCUCCGCGUACGAGAAAGGGCUAGAGUGUGACGAGGAGGUAGCCUCCCACUUCGCCAAGAAGUACAGGGAGAUCGAAGAGAGCAAGAGGCGAGAAGUAGAUAUGCUGCGAGACAGCUACGAGCGGAGGAUAAAAGAGCUGGAGGAGACCCACGAGACCGAAAGACUGAACUUUGAGAUCCAGAAAUCCGCCCUGAGGGAACUGGCUGACGACUUAGUUGAACCCGGGGAGGCCGGUGACUUGAUGACGGAGAUUUCCGAGGCCAAGGAACAAGAAGCAAAGACGGAGAAGAGACGGGAAAAUCUUGAACAAGUGCAACGACGCCUUGGGAAACUGCAAAGGGAGAUCGAUCUGACCGAGAAAAUGAUGGGUGAACGCCGAAAGUUCUAUGAAGCCAAGGAAGCUCACGAUCAGGAGAUCCGUCAGUUGGCUGAUGAGAAGGCUUCUCUCGAAGCUCAGAAUGCGAUGUUGGCGGUGCGAGUUGACGAACUUGAGACGGCCCAGACUCUCGACGAGGCCUCGAGCGAUGGUAUCACCAACUCCUGGGUUAAAGAGAAAUUCCAGUAUUCCGAUUCGAGAUACGUAUGGUACACACAGCGCAGAAUCCUGGAUACCCACCUCAACCGCCUUGAAAAUGAAAAGGCAAAGUCCGAUGCCGAGUUGGCAAAACUGAAAGAAGAAAACACCCGACUUCAGGAGGUGGUCAAGGUGCUGGAGAAGAAAGAGAAGGAGCUAGCAGUCGUGGACUCAGUGAAUAUUAUCGAAACCGGGAUGAAAAAACGUGCGAAGACUUUCAAGAAACUCAUGCAGGAUGAGGAAGCUGGCGGAGAUUCCUCUGCCCCUGAAGCUGAUGUAGACGCCGAGACUGUCGAACUAUACACUUACAGGAAGGUCAUUGAGAAUAGCAUGAUUUCUCUUGAUGAGAGUGUCGCGGAUCUUGUCAACCUAAUGUUGACUAUCCGCUCGAACAUGCAAGAUCAAGCGGGCCAAGAGGCAACCGAAGGACAGGCCACGGACCCGAUACAUGAGGCCAUGCUGGCUGCAGAUCCUGUCUUCAGAAUGGUGGAGGACAGAGCUCUCGAUAUUUCCGCACGGAUAAGGCUAGUGCAGGAUGAAGCCGAGAGUUUCUGGAAGGGCAAAGCUACUCCACCGACUUCAUUGCAGCUGGUCAGAGCAGUAAAAGCCAAGGAUGUCCAGAUUGGAAAGCUUGAGGCCAAGUAUAUGACGAUGGAGAAGGCCUUCAGCGAAAUCCUGGAGUACAUGGAAACUAUGCGCGACGAGGCUGCCAUUACGUCUCCGGAUGACAUCGGACCAACUAAGGGACCAAAUGACACUAUCAGACUUCUCAUGACCUUUAUUGGAACCUUUCACCAUGCUCUGGGUAUGAUACUUGACGAGGAGGCAAAGAGACGUGAAGAAGCGCAACAGGAUGAGGGUUACGACUCAGAAGAAACAGCCACCAACGAUUUUGGGUCGAUAUCGAACAACGAGUUCGGAAACAUGAUAAAGAUGGCCGCCAAAUUCCAGGAAGCAAAAGAUGUGUUUAACCGUCGCAUCGAAGAGUACCGCGGCCUCCUCAAGGCAUACAAGGACUCUCAGGAGAGCAUUGUUCGGAGGGCCGAUGAGGCUGAGAGAGCUUCUACCAACCUACACCAGCAGUAUAACGCGCUGCUGGAACGCGUCUUGGAGGAGAAGAAGGACAUUGUGGGGAAAUACGAGACGGAACUUAGGAAUACGGCAGCACGAAACAACGAGGAACUUGAAUCACUCCAGAAUAUGCUUACCGAUUGUAGAGAGAACUGCAAGGCCCGCGAGUCAGAAUGCGACGAGCUCAAGGAGCAGGUUCUGAAUGAAAAGAAGCGAUUACUGGCUUAUAAGAGUGAACGAUUCGAAGGAGAGGGCGAAAUCAACCCUGUGAUCCAGAAGCUUACUAUCCAGUGGGAGGCGGAAAAGGACGAUCUCAAGAAGGAGGUAAAAGAGCAAAGUGACCUCGUGCUGCAGAUUUUCAAGAUCAACAACAAUUUGGAGGCACAGCUGGAAAGUGAAAGAAAGAGAUACAGUGACAAACUUGACGCAAUAAAUCAAGUCGUGGAGCUCGAGCGCAAACACGAGGCGGCGACAAACGCCGCAAGAGAAGCAGAGGAACAAUUUGCGAAGGCGCACAAGGAGGUAGUUUCUCUAAGAAUCGACGUCGACCGCCUCAAGGAGAAGAUUCUGGAAUUUAUCGCCCGGGAAGUCGAUCAUAGAUACGACGUAGAGAAUCUCAGGCUGGAGCUGGAAAUUGUUCGAGAGGAACUUGAGGUAGCAAAGAUCGAUCACGCAGACACAGUUACCAAGCUCAAUCUCGAGGUUAGCCGGGCGAAGGACGAAUUCACCCAAUGCCUUCAAGCUAGCGAGGAAUUGCUCGAAAGACACCACAAGCUCGUCAGCCAAGUCGCUACCGGAGAAGCCGCACCCAGGGAUCCUGACGAAUUGCUCAAAAUCACACUCGCGGACAAAGCAAGCCUCGAAACAGAACUCCUCGCGCUGAAGAGGCGAGCGGUGACCCUUCAAGGCGACCACGACAGCGCCGUAAGAGAGAGAACUGAAAUGGAGGAACAGCUAGAAUUCAUACGCCUGGUCGAGAGGAAACUUCGAACCGACAUCGCCGGGGAGUAUAUUCAGCAAGCGCACCUACAAACCCAGUACGCAAAAUGCCAGCAGGAUUGCCGAGACUUAGAGACCAGAUUGCAAGAGGUGGCCAUCAGGAAAAGUGACCCGGCAAAUAUUUGGGACGACGCGCCCGUAGAGCCAACGAAGAAGUUACUGCACGAGCAGGUCGAGAAACUUCGCAAAGACUUGGCCAAUGUGCUCCGAGAGAAAGGGCCAACGGCUCACUUGGAUGGGGACGAAGACGAACCGAAGAUCAAGGAUGUAAAAACCCUCUUCAAGACGGUACACAGGCUGUACAGGGUUGACCCGCAAUCAUCCCCAGCAGCUGACGGUCCCGACCUCACAAAGGGCGACAUGAACAAUUUCUGGAUUUUGACGGAGGCCCAGAAAGAGAGAAUUGCUAUCCUUCGAGCAAUCAAGGAUGGCGACUGGGACGCCGGACACCACCAUUCGCAUCGUGCGAUGGAGCUGUUACGACGAGCUGGGAAGGGCUACUUUGACAAGGAACUAUGGGGAAGUAUUCAGUGUCUUCAAGGAUACCUUGGGCUGUUAUCCACUGGCGAUGUCUCUGCCGCCAACGCGGCCCUUAGUCGUGUAAACUGGUAUAAACCCGAGGAAUGGGGCAACCCAGUGUAUCGGACCAUGGUGAAAAUGCUCGAACAGGACAUCGAGGAAGUGAUCCAGGACCAGAAACAGUCAGGGGAGGCUGAAGGUCAAGAAAUGAAGCCCUGCGAAUGCAGAUAUAGGGUGCUGCCAUGCGCGGUGCACGCGGAUGACUCCUGCACUUGCCGUUUCCAUAAUGUCGUCGAGUUUUGUGAGGACCAUGAGAAGGCGUUUAGCUUUUCCAAGUCGAGGAGCGUGCCGAUAAAGGAGGACAAGCUUGAGGUGUUCCGGCGAUUGAGCCACCACGCCUCGAGACGCGAGGCUCGGUGA